AUGAAGCCUCCUACAUAUUCUACACGGUCGAAGCGUAAAUCCGACGAAGUAGAACCUUGUUCACCCACUUCAAAAAAAUCACGUACAUCACAGGAUCUCCCACCUUCUUCUCCAUUAUCAUCACCUUCUUCCACAUCAGCUGACGCCCUCUUGGCUCAAAGUCCAAUGGACUCUGAAAAUCUUGAUCUCGACUCGAAUUUAUCCUUUCGAGGAGGUUUUCGCGGUAGAGCUCGUGGACGCGGUAGAAUUCGUGGAACGGGAAGAGUCGGUCGAAUUGGUAAUGCGAAAAUUCCCAUGACGAAGAUGGGUGGUGUGGACAUCAAUGCCAGUGUGGCGGGUGGGAAAUCAUCUCGUGGAAGAGGUGGUCAUCGCGUGAAAAAGUCAAGUAAUGCGAGGAUACAGAGUUUGUAUCAUCGGAAACAAUUGCUGAAAACUCAGUACAAACAGGUGGCUUUGCUGCAGAGGGUCGCUCUGGAUGUCAUUUCAGAUAAGUCUUUGCAGGCUAUGAGUGAGGAUCCAAAGUAUCACGAGACUUUGCCUGAAUAUCAGAUUGUGACAGAUCAAUUGGCUGCGAAAUAUGCUGAGAGAGUUGCGUUGUUGGAGGCUCACCGUAUGGUCCAAUUGGAGUAUGCGGAGAAGCAGAGGUUGCUUGGUGAGGGAUAUACUAGGGGCGUAUAUGAGACUCGAGUAGAAUUGAUCAAGGAGAAGUAUGAUUUAAUGAUCAAGAGAAGAUUGAUUGAGGAGCACCAACAAAUGGAAAUGCGAUCUGGUGCCGAUAGUCCAUCUCAGCAUAAUUUUGAUCAUUCACACAUCAAGAGAAUUCCUGAAGAGAUUUUCAUCCACCCUGCUGAUGCGUGGGCCAAUGGUGGUCGUGCUGCACAACUCGCGGCCGAUGCCGAGAAGGCGCAAGGCAGAAAACGAGGCGGUCGUGGAAAGAAGUCUACCAAGAUGCCUGCAUCACCAUUCAAACCUCUAGAUAUUAUGACGCCGGAUGAUACAGAAGUCGCACCCAAGAAGACAUCCUUGUAUCAACCUGCCACCUCAUUAUCUCUUGCCACUACCGUGGAUGGAGAUUCUGCAGCUCCCACCCCAGCCGAAUUGACCGAACAAGAAGAUGCCGAUGAAUUAGAAACCGAUAAAUUCGGAGUUUACAUACCUAAUAAAGCAAGACCUAGAAAUGGCGAUCCGCCAAAUAAUCGUAUAGUGGUCGAGCCUCCAUUUACUUUUGACGAAGAUGAGAUAGGUAUCCGUCAUCACCAUUACAAAAAGUACAACAAGAAUGAUCUUCCUACUUUCAUUGGGAUGGACCCUUCUCCACAGCCGAAGAAUUUUCAUUAUGAUCCUUGGGUCAGAAAUCAUCAUUCCACGAACAAUCGUCCGGAAGACUUGGAUCAAACGAUUGUUGAAACUCAUAAAUUACAUCCUACUUUAGGUUUGCCUGUGAAAGGUUCAAUUAAUCCUACACUUACUGUAAGAAGUGAUUGGAGUAAACCUGUUGCGGAGACCAAACCUGUUGUCUUUGUUGUUGAAACUCAGGAUGAAGAAUCACUCAAACCAAGAUUUGAAACUUCUCGCUCUGCAUGGAUGGCACGUACAGAAAGGGAAUUUGCGGAUCUUAUUGAUCAGCUCAAGAUGGCUGAAUCAUUAGAGGCAAUUGGACUUCGUGACCCUAUCCUUCGACCAAUUGAAAAGAGGGUUGAACCUGAAAUCGUUGGUAAAAUUAGUGAUUCUUUGAUUCAAGCUGUAACAGAGGCAUCGAAUCUUUCAUCCAAGCCACUUCCACCAGUAUCCUCAUUAAGAGCGACUUCAGUACCUGGAACACCUGCACCUGCACAAAGAACUCAAGGCUACGAUCCAGUUCGAGAUACUGGAUAUUCUCCUCACUUACGUCGGUCUCCAGUCAAAACUUUCAACCAAGUCGGAAACUUGGGUAUCCUCGCGGAUGCAGCCGAAAUACGUGGGGCACCACAAUACCGCGGAGGACUUCCUCAUCCAAUCAUCCCAGCUCCAAGACCAAUGCCACAAAUGUAUACCUAUUCCCAACCAGAAUUCUAUAGACCAGGUCCUUCAUUUGUACCUCCACCCACACAUAUGAAUCUCCCACCACCUUUACCCAUGACUCUCCCACCCCCUCAACCGCAACAGCAGCAAACGCAGUUCUUUCAAUAUGCUGGUCCACCGCAAGCUCCAGGUGGUCCUCAUAAUAAAUAUAAGGAGAUUCUCCCUGCCCCGCCACAAAGGCGUGUACAACCGACUUCAUUAGCUGUACCACGGAAUAAUGGAUUUAAUCCAUUUGUAAAUGGAACAGGAUAUGGAAGUGGUACGGGAAGGGGUCCUUGA